UUUCCAAGCGGCCAGCCAGGACUUUUAUAAGUGAACUUUCCUCUCUGUGUCUAUUUAUUAGAUGUAAACAUUUGCCAGAAAAACACCACUCGGGCAUGCUCAGUCCCGGCCAGGUCAUUGCAAAAGGGAACGCGGCGUCACAUGUGAUAACAGCGAGAAGCCCGUGUCCCUAUUCUUAGCGCUGGAAUGUAUACAAUGCCCCAGCGCCGCGCCGCUCCUGCGCGCAGCCCCCGAGAGCGGCAAAAGUGACUGCAGAGUAAACACGGGCAGAAAGCACCCUCUAUGAAUCACUUACCUACCGAAAGAAACGUCCUGGGGGUUUAUAGGUUUUUAUCCAGGCUCUAGCUAUGGAAAAUCUCAGCAGAGAAUAAACGGCAGAGAGUAAGUGCAUGCAGGGAAGGACAACAGAAGCGAAUGGAUAUUUAGAGCAACAUCAAAGUCCCAAUUUGUUCCCUUGAAGCUGGAUAUUUCAAUAAAAGUUGCUAAAAAUUUUGAGGUUUUUUUCUGCCAAGUCCAGAAUUCAUCUCUCUCCUAUUUUGCUAUGGAGGAAGGAUCCACUGAGGAGUUUCUCUUCAAAGACCAGGACUUCUCCUCCGAACUGUUGAGGCAGCUGAAUGCUCUGCGGCAGAGCAGGAUGCUGACUGAUGUUACCCUCUGCUCCGGGGGCUUUGAAAUCCCUUGCCACCGAAACGUGCUGGCUUCCAGCAGUCCAUACUUCAAGGCGAUGUUCUGUAACAACUUCAGGGAGAGUCGCCAGGCUAAAGUCAUCCUGAAGGGCAUCAAUGCCGAGACUUUGGACCAGCUCAUCCUUUAUGUUUACACAGGGGAGAUUCUUAUAUCCGCUGAGAAUGUCCUGUGCCUGUUGGAGACAGCCUCCAUGCUGCAGUAUGCGAAGCUGUUUGAGGCCUGCUCUGCCUACCUCCAGGACAAGCUGACUCCUGACAACUGUCUGAGCAUGUUCAGACUAGCAAAAGUCUUGAACUGCCAAAGCCUGACUAAGAAAGCCAAGGCUAUGGCCUUGAAAUGCUUUCCUGAGGUGGCCUCUUCCGAGGACCUGAAGGACCUUUGUCCCUUGGAGCUCAUUGAUUACCUUGGGGACGAUGAGCUCUGUGGGGAGGAGGAACAAGUCUUUGAGACCCUGAUGGUCUGGAUCCGGCAUGACCUCCAGGCAAGACAAGGCUACAUCCAAGAGUUGUUCAAGAAGGUCCGGCUUCAGUAUGUCCAUCCAACCUUUUUCUUUCACUUCAUUGCCAAUGACUCCCUUGUUCAGUCCUCACCCACUUGCAGGAGCAUCCUUGAGUCAGCUUGGAGACAUAUGUUUUCCUUGUACAGCACCAAUGCACCGGACAUCAAGCCCAUGCUGCAUGUUCCUCGCAGGUACUCCAACCAGGAGUUCCUCAUCAUCAUUGGUGGUAGAAAGGACAGCCAGCAGACAACAAGGGAAGUCCUGCUCUAUGAUGACAAGACAAACCAAUGGCUAAGCUUGGCCAAACUUCCCAUGCGCCUCUACAAAGCCUCUGCAGUGAGCUUGCACAGCAAUAUUUAUGUGCUUGGAGGGAUGCCUGUUAACAAUAAGAAAAGCCCGGUCAGUGGUAAUAUUUACAUUUACUCCCUCAAACUCAAUCAGUGGAGGUUGAUUGAGCACAUGUUAGUCCCACGUUACUCCCACAGAAGCUUGGCUUAUAAAAAUUACAUUUUAUCAUUCGGUGGAAUUGGUGAAAAUCAGGAAAUCCUGAAUUCUGUGGAAAGAUACGACAGUGUCUACAAUGCCAGUGAGAGCAUGGCAAACAUGCCUGUUGCCGUCCUUCACCCUGCUGUUGCUGCCAAAGAUCAGAGGGUCUACCUCUUUGGGGGAGAAGACAUUAUGCAAAACCCUGUCCGGCUGAUCCAGGUUUAUCAUGUCUCCAGGAACAUGUGGUUUCGGAUGGAGACCAGAGUGGUGAAGAACGUCUGUGCACCAGCUGUUGUGAUUGGAGACCAGAUUAUCAUCGUAGGUGGGUACACCCGGAGAAUAAUUGCUUAUGACACAAAAGGCAACAAGUUUGUUAAAUGUGCAGACAUGAAGGACAGACGAAUGCAUCAUGGGGCCACUGUCAUCAAGAACAAGCUGUAUGUCACGGGAGGACGAUGUCUCACUGCAGACAAUGUCAUCGAGGACUUGGAUUCCUUGGACUGCUAUGAUCCAGAGACUGACACAUGGACACCAAAGGGAAAACUGCCACACAAACUCUUUGACCAUGGGUGCCUUACGCUCCAGUGUGUUCCCUGUUCUAACCUUCUCUAAGCGAUCUUUGACUCUUCCCAGGACAUUUUGUGCUUUCCUGCACAGAAAGGACCCGCUUUGCUCUGCAGAGAGCACAUGGGGAAUCCUCAUGGGGUCCCACAAACUCCUGACCUUGAAGGCGCCGGUGGCAUUUGUCAUUCCCUAAACGCUCUGCCAGAAAGGUCAUGAGAAUUGUGCUCAUGCUGUGUUCACCUGACUGGUGUUGCAUGUGGUGCUGCUAAAUCCAGCCCCGCCACCUCACCUAGAAUCUCAGCAGAAAACAGGGAAAAGAUACUGGGUAACAACCUGGCACAGGGUUUGGCCUCGCGCAGGCUUUAAAGUGAAAGGUGAAUGGGAAUGCUGGUAUCUCCAGGGAAAGUAAGAUCUGGGUAACCUGCAUUUGUUAGCAUGCAAACUCAGCUGCAUGCUGCCACCCUUUGCUGCUCGGUGCUAACCAAGCCUUCAGUUUCCAGUGGUGGGGGCAUUUAGAAUAGGCAGCCCCAAGCUCUGGUCUUGUAUCCAGCCCAGCAGCAGCUGCCUGCAUUGGCUAUGGCAGUCAUCUCAUCAGAAAUAAAAUAUGUUCCUAACAUCAAAUUAGAAAUCAGCAAAAGGCUGAUGCUUUGAUGUGAAUUCUCGCGUUGUGACAAGAUGCAGGUUUGACUUUUCUGAGCUACUGCUCUUUCAACAGGCAAGGAAGACUUUUGCUCCAUCUCUGAAGGAGCGGGAGAAGGUGGGAUGGAAAGGAAGAUGUGCUGCAUCUUCUUUUUCAAGGGAUUUUGUUUUGCAGGAAGCUUGCUUCUCUUUUUGCAUCCAGGAUAAAAGGGGGGUAGCUAGGAAGCCCUUUGGCUGAUGGAGUUCCUGAAAUCUGGAAUAGCAGAGAGGACAUACAGAGGAAAGGGGAUGUAAAAGAGAAGAGGUAUUGGAGAGGAACAUUUUCCCUUUCUCCUCUCUCCAAACCACUGGAAAACAACGAUGAGAGAAAGCCAGUGACAGGAAACCAGCUUUCCAAGAAGAGCAAGUCUAAGUCUGCCACUUGGCAAAGCAGCUCUGGCUCCACCAAUAUUUUCAUGGGGUUCUGCCACUAAGUGCAUAUUUUUCAAGGGAGGGGAUUGAUCAUCAGAUCCUGAGCAGGCUGUGAAGUGCUGCCUGGUCACCAGGCUUGGUGAGAUUGCUGAGAUAGCAAGGAGCUCUAAAGAUUGCACUCAUGAGCACCAUCCAGAGAAGAGAUGGCAGAAACAACACUCUUUUGUACCUCGUAUGUGAAUGACAGUGGGACUUUUCAAAGGGUACCGGUUGGCAUGAGGAAACCAUGCUCAACCUUCCUCUUCACCGAAGGCUGCACAGCCAUGUGGUCACCACCAUGUUGCAGGACACCAACUCCAACCACUAAGAUCCCCCCCAAAAUGGGUAUCUGGGAGCAGAAGGGUGACAGAAAUAGUUAACGAAGUGGGGGGCUGGAAGGCAGUAUUGCAUAUCAACUGCUGGUUUAACAAUGCAAAAUAAAAUGGUUAUUAUUGUUUACAUGA